AAAGUUCAGUUGAUGCAAAAAUUAAAAUCAGUGUAUUAGUUGUGGUAGUAGUGUGCAACUUGUCCGUAACCCAAAAACAAAAGAACCGCCAAAGAUAUUCCCUCUCGAUCCUAUUCUUUUGGUGCUCCCAAUUUCAUAAUCUUCACGCUCUUCAAUAUCAUUUAGCCACACAAAUUCAUUUGUUCUUCUCUCUAAAUUCAUCAUUUACAGAUAUCAUUUAUGUACUAAUUCUUCAAUAUCAUUUGCCUUUUGCUUAAAUUUCAGGGUAAUUUGUUGAAAAAUGGAUCGUCUUAGUUCACCAGCACGGCUAAUGAUAGUUUCAGAUCUUGAUCAUACAAUGGUUGAUCAUCAUGAUGCUGAGAAUCUCUCUCUUUUGAGGUUCAAUGCUUUGUGGGAAUCAAAUUAUCGCCACGAUUCGUUGUUGGUGUUUUCAACUGGAAGAUCUUUAACCCUUUACAAGGAGUUGAGGAAGGAGAAACCCAUAUUGACUCCAGAUAUCACAAUUAUGUCAGUAGGCACUGAGAUUACAUAUGGUAAAUCUAUGGUGCCGGAUGACGGUUGGUUCGAUAUUUUGAGUCAGAAAUGGGAUAGGAAUAUAGUUAUUGAAGAGGCCAAGAAGUUUUCUGAGCUCAAGCCUCAGGCUGAAACAGAGCAACGGCCACACAAAAUUAGCUUUUACGUUGAGAAAGAGAAAGCGCAACAAGUGACUAAGGAUCUUUCCGAGAGAUUGGAAAAGUGUGGGUUGGAUGCAAAGAUAAUAUACAGUGGAGGGAUUGACUUGGAUAUAUUGCCACAAGGGGCUGGAAAAGGACAAGCACUUGCUUAUUUACAUAAGAAGUUUAAGUCCGAGGGUAAACUACCCAUCAAUACCCUUGUAUGUGGUGAUUCUGGAAAUGAUGCUGAGCUCUUCAGCAUUCCAGACGUUCAUGGUGUCAUGGUUAGCAAUGCUCAAGAGGAAUUGCUGCAAUGGCAUGCACAAAAUGCAAAAGGAAAUCCCAAAAUUAUCCAUGCAACUGAAAGAUGUGCUGCUGGAAUAAUACAGGCUAUUAGUCACUUUAACCUUGGUCCCAGCAUCUCUCCUAGAGAUGUUAUGGAUUUUACUGAAUGUCAACUGGAGCAUGUGAACCCGGGUCAUGAAAUCGUUAAAUUUUACUUGUUUUAUGAGAGAUGGAGACGUGGUGAAGUUGAAAACUCUGAGUCGUACUAUGCAAGCCUCAAAGCAGUUUGUCAUCCUUCAGGGGUUUUCAUCCAUCCAUCUGGGGAGGAGCUCUCUCUUCAUGACAGCAUAGAUAAACUUAAAAAAUGCUAUGGAGAUCGUCAGGGAACAAAGUACCGAGUUUGGAUUGAUCGCCUUUUGCCAACAAGGAUAAGUAAUGAUGCAUGGCUAGUGAGUUUUGAUAAAUGGGAAUCGACUGGCGAAGAGUGCCAAUGUGGUGUCGUCACAACUCUAUUGAGAUCUAAGGUUGCCGACUCCUUAAGUGACCUGUUAUGGGAGCAUGUGCAUCAAACAUGGUUGGAUGGGUAUGCUGCGAAGGAUCAGAACUCAUGGAUGUUGUAGAUUUUCCCACCUUGUGCUGGAUGGAGUGUUGAUCCAAGGGGUGUAUUUUUGUAAAACUUCAAUACUGUUUUAGUUGUUGGGAUGUUAUCAUCCUCGUAAUAAACCAAAAUGCUUUGCGACAUUUUCAAUUGCUUUCAACGCUCAAACAGAUCAAAUAUAGCAUUUUCUGUUUUGAGAAA